AUGAGCGACCCAGCCCUCCCAGCCCCACCCAACGACGUCGCAGAAAUAGAUCUCAUUGAUGCUUCCUUGGUCUUCCCUCACUUCACUUCCCAGACCGCCUGGACCUUAGGGAAUCUGCUGCGCACACGGCUCCUCGCAUUUUCGCGGCCAGCGGUCAUCGACAUCAGCCUCUCGCACGGGAAUCACUGCCUCUUCCACGCGACGACACACUCGGGCACGGCGCCGGACAAUGACGUGUGGGUAGCGAGGAAGCGCAAGACGGUGCUCCGUUUUGGGAAAUCGACGUGGUCGAUGCAAACAAAGUUCCGGGGCAGCGAGGCGGAGUUUGCGGCCAAGUUUGGUCUCGGGGCGGAGAGCGCGGGCGAAUAUGCGAUUCAUGGCGGCGGGUGGCCGGUGCGGGUGAGGGGUGUGGAGGGUGUGGUCGCGGUGGUGGUUGUGUCGGGGUUGAAGCAGGAGCAGGAUCAUGGGAUAAUUGUGCAGGUGGUGGCGGAGUUGUUGGAGGAGAUCAGCGUGGAGAUGGGAGAGAAGAAGAAGGAAGAUUGA